ACUACAUGUCGUUUCCCAAAGGCCCACGAUUUGUCACUGAAAAAGAGAACGAAGUUCCUGGUCCGAAUACUUACAACGUUCAAGAUCCUCAGCCAGAUGCAUAUAAACGUGGCGCAUUCCUCGAGAAGACGGAUCGAUUCCUCAAGGACAAACCUUCGGAGGUACCAGGACCUGGGGCACAUACGGGUGACAUGGCGACCAAGGGGAAGCUCAAUGGCGACGCAAAGCGACAAACGAGCGAAGAGCGCUAUGUUGCGCUCAUGCGGAGAUUGGAGGACCUGGAGAGAGUGCAUGCGGACGACAAGAAAGCUCAUGCCACCGAAGUGGACCGCUUGAAGUCAGAGCUAUCUCGAGCCCAGAAAGCCAACACUGAACAUGCCGAUCGACUCCAGAAAGCCAAGAAACAAGAAGCUACCUUCGAAGCACGCAUUCAAGAGCUGAAGAAGGCCAGCGUUUCUGACCAAGCAGAGCUCAAAGACCUCCGUCAAAAGCUGCGUGUAUCCGAGCACGAACGUGCUCAGCUGGCAGGCGUGCAGUCGGAUGCGGGGGAGGCGAAGAAAGCGCUUCAGAACAUGGACCUGAAGCAGAGAGAGGAGCUGAAGGAGAGGGAUAGGAAGAUGGCAGAACUAGAGAAGGCGUUGGCGUCGGAGAAGAAGAAGCGGGCGAUGCUGGAGACAAGUCUCAGCGAAGCCAAGGGCAGGAACGAUGACGAGACCAAGAAGGCGCAGGAAGCUGCAAGUUUACUCAAACUCGAGCUCGACUCUGCAAAGCGAGAUGCUGCACGGGCACGAUCAGAGCUUCGGCAGCUUCAGGAGUCUGUCGAGGGCAACGAGGACGAUCUUCUGCUGCAGCUCGAGAAUCAUCGAACCUUGCUUGCUCGCGUCGCUGACGAGUACGGUCGUCUUGCCAACGUCACUGUUGCCGCAUCGAAGCACGUCGCAGCGAAGAAUGAGAAUGUCAUGCUUCAGCUUCGUCUUGCUAGGCUCGAGCGCAAGCUCGCCAACUCGGAGGAUCAGGUCGUCGAGCUGGCGCUCCUAAUUCGUCAGACGAACGAGCAGAACUCCCUACUCAAGCGCCAACUCCAAGAUGUAACUAUCGACUCCGACCGGCUCUCUGGGACUUUCGAGGGCUCAUCGACAUUCGUAACUCGACAAACAUUCGAUAACGAGGCUCUAACACUGCAUGAACAAGCAAACCUCCACUGCCAAGACAUAUUGCGAGCCGAGCUCGAGCUCGCUGCUACCCGCAGUACGCAGGAUGCUUCCACUGCCGACUUCUAUCGCAUUGCCUCUGCCGAUCUUCUUCUGCAGUAUUCCAUAAUGGAUCGCGUUCUUUCUCGAGAGCGUGAUCUAGCAGACGACACCGACUUAAGACUCGAAGACCUACAGGCAGACCGAAACAAGUUGGCAUCCAAGGUGGCCGAAAUUGAUGUAACUGCCGCAGGUAUGCAGGAGAAGAUCAAUACCGCCGAACAACUGGCAGCGAAUCUGAAGGCGGAGAAGGAUGCUAUCGAGCAGGAUAUGUCCAAUUUGGAAGCGAAGGUGCAGCAAGAGGUGUCGCGAUGCAAAGAAACUGUACAUAAAGAGAAGGAGAAGGUUCAGAGACUCACAGCCGCAUUGCAAAUGGGCAAGACAUCGGAGGAGUCUUUGACGGCUGAGAUUGACCAGUUGACCUCAGAGCUUGCUGAGGCGGAACGCUUCCAAGAUGCUUACUAUGGCCUGGUGGAGGAAGCUAAGGGGCUCGUCGCUCGCAAUGACCUCGCCGAGGAAGAAGCUCAACGGCUGAGCAAGUUCAAUGCCGAGAUUCUGGGACACCAUAACCCAUCUCAGCGCAUCAUGUAUGUCGACAGGAUCCGCAUGGAACUUGCCGAGACCAAGCAGAAACUCUUGCUGCUUACUCGAGACAGCGAGAACAUGGUCGCGGAGAACGAGGAUUUGCAAAAUGAGCUGGACAUGUACAAGUCGGUACACGUCCCUAUUGGUAGCAAGCCACGAACGGGCGUGACGAGAGUUAGCCGUGCGCCUCUGGGCAACCACACUUUGAACGUCUCCGCGCCAGCCGGCGCUCAGCAGAAUUCGCAAGGUCGAUCAUCAUUAGUGAAGAGCAAGACUCGUGGUGUUGGUGAAGAGCUCGCUGGUAUGCUUCCGCCGCUGAGUGAUGUUGGCGAGAUGACAGUAGACGAGUUGAUGUGAUGAGUAUAGGCGCUGGCGCAACCUACGAUCUACUGUAAUGCCCAUAUAUGUUCAAUCUACAAUUUUGGAUGGCCUGUCAUCGCCAUACCCAGG